UGCUUGUCCCUGCUUGUCUCGUAUUUGCUCGUAUUUCGACGAUUGGAAUGUAUUGUUUAUUCGUUAUGCAUUUGGUGUUAUCCGUAUUAAUUUAAAAAGAAGACUAUUAAUUUUGUUUUGCUUUCAUUAAAACAUAAAUAAAGUUGCAUAAUAAUGUUGAAGAGAAUUUUAUCAUUUCGUGCGCUAAACAAUACGUCUUUUUUAACUACGAGUACUCCGUCACUGUAUAAGGUUAUAUUCCGAGCAUUAUCACAAGCCGACUUUGAAGUUGUGAAAAAAUGGGAUUUGUUCAGCGCUGUUUGUUUAGAACGUCACCCGGUAAUUACAAAACCAAUGGAAGAUAUAGAAGCAAGAUAUCAUGAAAUGUUACAACAAAGAGAAUUUGAAAACAGUUUGAUAUCAGAUUUUGAAAUACAACUGAAACAGGAAUUAAGCAGAAAAGAGAAAACAAUAUCUACAGAUGAAAAUGUAGACGAAAUUGUUACUCAGACAUUACAAGAUUUUGAAGACAGUAGCAAGCAAGAACUAAUGAAAUUUAAAUUUGCACCACGAACAGGUGAAGACACAGAUGAUGGAACACCAAUGUUAAAGCGUAAAUUAGAUAAAACUUUAGUAUUAUUGGUAACACAACAAGUAGGAUGCGAUAACUUUUGGAUUCCUCCUCAAAACAUACGAAAACAUAGAGAAACUAUGAUACAGACUGCGCAAAGAACUGUACAAGAGCUUUGUGGGAAUAAUAUAAAAGUAAAAUUUUAUAGUAGUGCACCAAUUGGCUUCUAUCAAUAUAAAUAUCCAAAAGAUGUCAGACUUAAGGGACAAGACGGAGCAAAAAUAUUCUAUUUUCUAGCAAAAUAUAUAAGUGGAGAUAUUUCUUCAGAUAUAAAGCACUGUUGGUUAGAUAGAGAAGAACUGAAAAAAACUGUGCACCCUAAUCUUUAUGGAAGUUUGUCCCAGUUUUUGUUACCCGAGGUAAAACUGAAACACAGCUCUAGCGGAUCUUGAUAAGCAUGAGUACAGCGUAGAAAAAAAUUUAUAUACACGUU